GCCAGCUGCGCGAGGCCGCGGCCCCCGCGACUCCCAGCGCCGCCGGCCGGCACGUGGCGGUGGUUGGGGCAGCCGGCGUUGGGCCGCCCAUGGACGUGGUGGAGCAGUUGAAGGCGGUGGCGGCGGCGCCGGCCGCCUUCCUCUCGGACCUGGGCCGCCCCACGCUGCGCGGGGUCAAGCGCUGCCCCAAGUGCGGCACCUUCAACGGCACGCGGGGCCUCAGCUGCAAGAACAAGACGUGCGGCGCCGUCUUCCGCGACGGCUCGCGCCGCCAGGCCGCCGACGCGGUGCGCGUGAUGGCCGGCGGGGCCGCUGCCGCCGCCGACUGCCCCCUGUUCUCGGUGCGCGCGCGCGACCGGGGGCCCGACCUGCGUGGCUUCGUGGAGCUGCCGGCACCGGACGACGAGUGCGGCGCGGCCGGGGAGGCCGCGGGGUUCGCGCCGUCGGCCGCGCACGACGACCUCUUGCUGGGCGCCGUGGUGGCGGGGGUCCCCCGCUGCCACCUGCCGCACUGCCAGAAGCGGCCGUCGGACAGCAUCCUCCUGCAGCACGCCGGUGGCGGAGACGCGGGGGCGGCGGCAAUGGCGCGCUGCACGCACGUGCAGACGGCGCAGAGCUGCCAGGACCAGGCGGUGCCGCUCUCGCUCAAGAACUCGGUGCUGAACUCGCUGCAGGUGCCGAGCGAGGUGAAGCAGGCCAUCUGGCUCCUGGCCACGGAGACGGCGGGGCCGCUGGUGCAGCGCGUCACACGUUCCUCCAUGGUGGUGAAGUGCAAGCCGGGCCCUCGACACCCGCUGGGGCUGCUGCACUGCACCUUCAGCCCCCGCGCGCGCCCCAAGGGCCCGCCCGAGCCCUGGUUCCACUGCGCGUGCCGUCCGGGCAAGCGGCACUGCCGCAGUCUGGCAGGCACCGACCCCGGCGCGCUGUGCGUGCACUUCUACGCGUGCGUGUGCGCCUUCGCCAGCGACCCCAAGCUCUCGCAGGAGCUUGACGCGUACAUCAACCUCGGCGCCAACCCGAUGUUUGAGACGCAGCUGGGCGACAGUAACGUGAAAGUGCUGACGCCCACGAGCGAACUGUGCCCCGUUCGAGGCGCCAAGAAGAGGCGGAAGGAAGAGGCCGCAUGGCAGCAGCUGGGCCAGGACCCGGACAGAGGGUCACUGGAGAGGACGCCGGGGGGCAAGAAGCGACCCGGAUCGCCCAGUGGCAACCGGCAAGCGAUCGCUCAACCGGUGGACGAGAGUCAGGUGAUCUUGACGUUCCGCGAGUGGUUGUCCAGCGUGACGGAGAGAAUCAACCAGACCAUGCACUACCAGUUUGACGGCAAGCCGGAGCCGCUGGUGUUCCACGCUCCGCAGGCGUUCUUUGAUGCCUUGCAGCAGCGCAUUUCAAUGGGGAACAAGAAAAAGCGGCUUCCAAACUCCACAGUCGGAUUCGUCCGGAAGGACGCCCUCCCGCUGGGAACCUUCUCCAAGUACACAUGGCACAUCACCAGUCUGCAGCAGGUGAAGCAGAUCUUCAGCACGCCGGAGGUGCCGCUGGAGGCGACGCGCAGCUUCGUGGAGAACCGGGACGGCACAUACGACGUGUUCCGCAGCCCGCAGCCGCGGACGGACGAGGCUGGGGACGCGUCCGGCCGGGCCGAGAAGCAGCAGCGGGCGACCAUCCGGCCCCUGCAGCUCAACACCUUCCUCAAAGUCGGCACCGCGUCCGUGGAGCAGGUGGAGCCGACGCCGUUCGUCAUGGAGUGGGUGCCCGACAUCCUGCCGCGCUGCAGGAUCGGCGAACUACGAGUGAAGUUCGAGUACGGCCACCAGCGCAACGGGCAGCCGGAGCAGCGGGAGCGCCCGCUCGAGCCCUCCGACGUGCUACUGCAGGAACGCUUGCGGAAAACCUGCCGCGGUACAGGGCGAAGUGUCAGAACGCUCACAGAGGGAGGAGACGCGAUGGCUUCUGUUCGGGCCCAUCCAGGCAGAAAGCGCAUGCUAGUUGGAGGCAGACGCACUCGGUGGGUUGCCCACGGCGCCAGCCCUCUGGCGCCGCUCGUCCCGGGUGGCGAUACCCCGCCGGUCCCAGGUGGCACACCGCCGGUGCCAGGUGGCACACCGCCGGUGCCAGGUGGCACAGCGCCGGUGCCAGGUGGAACACCGCCGGUGCCAGGUGGCACACCGCCGGUGCCAGGUGGAACACCGCCGGUGCCAGGUGGAACACCGCCGGUCUGGGCCUCGCACUCACGGACGUCCCCGCGAUGGCUCCCGGCCUUGAGCCGUUACUGCCGGUGUUGUGUGUGUGGGUGAGCGUGUGGAUGAGCGUGUGGGUGAGCGUGUGGGUGAGCGUGUGGGUGAGCGUGUGGUGAGCGGCGGCGCAGCGGUUAGCGCUACGAACCCGACGACACGGGUUAGAUUCCCGCUCACGGCCAACACCAGUGACGAUUAUCUGAACCGGUCGUGGGCCUCUCCUAGGUCGACUCGACCGCAAAUGAGUACCUGGUGCGGUGUGUAAACAUUGCCACUGGGGACACAAAGGCGGCCGGGGGUGGUGUUGGCCAUCGACUCCCUCGCGCGUCGUGCCGGCCUCCAUAGGUGCUCGCUAACAGCACUUGCCCCAGCAGUCUGUUACAGGCUCUUUGUCUUUGUGUAGAAAUCUUAGGUGGCAGGCACCAGGUCGCGUUCCAGUGUUUUCGAGAGGUGUUGCUGAUGUGGCCGACGACGUCAACAUCGGCGUACACCGAGAUCCUGGAGCUCCGCUGUGUCAAAUGUUCUGUCGUCUGAUCUUUCAUCCUGGGCCCUUUGUUUCAUCUUGGGUUUUUGCAUAAAAAAACACCUAACAUGAACGUGCAGCAGCAAUACCAUGGUGAGACAAGAGCACCCCCCCCCCCUCUGCAAAUGAACUAUUUGCAGCAUUAUGGUGCUAUAGUGUGUAAACGUGUGUAAACUCAAGCAAACGGAAUGCUAUUUUGUAAACGUGCCAUGCGUUAUCAGCUUGGGCUACCCUCUGUAUGAAGAUCUUUUAUAUAAGGCAAAGGGGCCUUUCAAACAAAGCCUUAGGGGUGGUGGGAACAGCUCUGCCUUGCGUACAUGGCCUGUUCUACGAAACAAAGUAUCUCCGGAUACGCAGUGUUGAGAGUGUAAUGUAGCUGACCUGUGUAAAUAUAUUUAAAUACGAAGCGGCAGCAUUGUGUGUCGGCUGCCUGCCGUGGAAGAGAGCUGCCCCGCUUGUUAACUCUGUUCAUUCGUAGAGACGUAUUUUGCACUGCUGACUCGGAUGUGUACUUCAAGGAAGUCUGGAGUCCUUUGUCAUUUAGUAUUCAGUGUUUUAAAAAAAGUGAUAUUCCGUGGGUGAUGAUGACUCCAGCACGUGCUUCACAUACGUAAAAUAAAAUAGAAUUUACCGCGUAACUAACUUUUACCAUAUCGUUUUUUUUUACCAGUGCCCGCAUUUACAUUGCACCACCAAAUGACAUCGAUGGCUGAAUUUUACCAGAGAAUUGCACUGUAGCUCCCGAAGCCAAGAACAUUUCAUCCCGUUCGUCAUCGGAGGAAGUCGGAACCCCGGAGAGUGGUUCAGAAAAUAUAUAUUCUCGUAAUUUAUGUAUUGCUUUGUACUUUUCUAAAAUUGGCCCUGAUGCUAGCAAACAGCAGCUUAUACUCUCGCAAAGAGGGCCACAGGAACAUGAUCUUUAAGGUCUACAUGUAGUGA